GCUGCUUACAUGGGCAUGGCAUCAACAUCAAUCACUGCGCAUGUCAGCUGCGAUGGCAACAACAACAACAACAGCAGCAGAAGCAGCAGUAAAAGCAGCAUCCAACAGUUGAAGAAGAAGCAGCAGCAGUGAAAGUCACAGCAGCAGAAGCAGCAGAGGGUUUGGCUUUGGUUCAGUGUUUGCGUGAGGCUGAAGACGAAGACUUAGAAGCAGAGGCAGAAGAAGAAGCAGUACUAGUCAAAUUAGAAGAAGAAGAGGCAGCAGCACUGUUACAGAGCGAGAGAAGAGUAUUAGAAGGCAACAACGAGACGACAAGGCGAAAGCAUCAAGCAAAAAAAAAAAGGAAAACAGUAAAACAGAAACAGCCAGACACAAAACGAGAACGGACAUUUCUUUUAGCAGUCUCUUCUAAGCGCGCUUCGUGUCAAAAUUAGUGAUUGCAAUACAUUUUAUUUCAAAUUUUAUCUCGGCUAUAUAAAUAAUACAUAAACGAGAAGAGAACACGGCAACAGCAUCAACCACUCUACAGUCUAUGUAACAUAUCGAUAAACAGAGACAGCAACUGGUGCAUAUCCCCCCUCUCUCAUCAUCAACAGUUUUGCAGCCCCUGCUCUGCUGCUGUAGUUGGCAGCUCACUGCUGAGUGCAAUGAACUCGUUCGCGGAGUACGCCAAAUAACGACAACAACAACAACAGAGACAACAACACUCAUGCAUAUUCAUAUGCACGCACACAUACGCAUACGUAUACGUAUACGUGACUAGAGUUUGCAUUUGGGCCGAGUGCAGCGGCAAUAAAAUGGCGGCGACAGCAAGAGCCACAAUGACGAUAACGAUGUCGAUGACGAUGGCAGCGAAGUUGACGACUCAUCAAACGACAAACAAAUGCGCCAACAGUUAACUUCACAGCAACAACAUAAAAUUGCAUCUGUAUGCAUGUGAUUGUGUCUGUGUAUGCAUAUGCAUGGAAAUUGCAAAAUUGAAUUUUAAGUCAUGGCCGUUCUCUGCUUUUCGUUUCCGGCAUGCAAAGUAGACAAACUGAAGCAACAGAAACAACAACAACAACAGCAGCAAAUAAAACCAUAACUACAAAUACAACAACAACGGAGCUGAGCUGAGCGAGAAAUAUUCAUAGAAAGGUCAUUGAAACUUGCGCAAUUUGGCAAAUAGGAUACAACACGACAACAACAAACAAGGAGAUAAAAUGGGCAGCCUACCAAAUUUGCAUGAACUCGAGGAGGCGGAACGCAAGCGGGAGAAGCGAAGGGAGUAUGAACUGUUGUUGGAGCAGCGUGUCAUGGACACGAGUCGCGAGCGCGAGCGUCUCUCAAUGUUUGCGCAACAGCGAAAGCAAUCAUCGUAUAAUGCCUAUAUCAUGGCUGGUCUAGGCAUCGGCGGUGGCGGCGGUUCUCUAAGUCUGACCACCACGACAACGACGGGCACAAAUACGACGGCUGUUAACGGACUGGGAGGAGGAGGAGCUGGUGGUAAUGGCAAUGGCGAGCUGAGUAGUGGUCAUGGUACCAAGAAUCAAUCGACUUCGACAGCAGCAGCAGCAGCAGCGACGGCAACAACAACAACCGCAACGACAACAGUGGCGACAACCGCAUCGGCAACAACAAUGACAACACUGACUGGCCUUGCCAUGCUGGGAAUGGCUGGCAAAAAGUAUCCGCAUCCGUUCCAUUCACACACGUAUCAGCAUCAACAUCAGCAUCAGCAUUCGCAUCAUCAUGCGCAGCAGCAGCAACAACAGCAGCAGCAACAGCAUCAGCAACAACAUCGACACUCGCUGACCACACGACAUCGCGUGCUGCGAACAAGGACGCGCAGCUCGGGUGGAGCCCAGAAUAUCUGGGAUGAGCAAAUGAUGGAGCAUUUGACCGCUUACUCACCAUCGCCGAUCUCGACGCGUUCGCAUCGCAUCAAUCCCGUGUCGUCGUAUCAGGUGCAGGCGGCGCUGGCGGCAUCGCGACGUCGCGAAUCGAUCAACAGCUCGAUUGGAGCGACCUCGAUACGCCGUCUGAUCACGCUGAACAAUCGCAACUGCCGCCACAAGGUGCCCGCCCAUGUGCGUCAAAAGGUGUGGCGUCAAUUCACCUGCCUGACCAUCGCCCAUGGCUUGAUGAGUGCUGUGCUGCUGCCGGUGAUGGCGUUGCAGGGCUCCAGUUCGGUGUGGCAUCAUCGCGAGCAGUGGCUGCAGAUUGGACCCAACAUUGGAUCGCUGCUGUUGAGUGCACUCUUUCUGCUGGCGGCAGCGAUGUGCUUGCCCAGCACUCGACUCAUUCGACGCUAUGGUUACGCUCCACUGCUGGCCGGCAAUUGUGUGGCCGUCACACUGUUUCUGCUGUCACAUCUCUAUGCCUCGAUCUACACGCUGUUGCCGGCGUACUUGCUGCUCGGCCUCACUUUGAGUGCGGCGAACAGUUGCAAGGCCGCCUUGAUUGUUCACUAUGGCGGCCGAUUGAGUUGCUCGCAACACGAGUGCGCCUUGGGUGCGGCUCAGACGUUGACGGCGGCGUCGUCGGGGACGCCAGCGGAUGCGCUGCACGAGGAGCACAAGAUGUUCUGCAAUCGGGAUCAGAAGGUGCGACGUUUGGCUCGCUGGUUUCGUGCCUCGCAGGAUCUGGGCCUCAUUUUGGGUGCGUUGUUGGCCUCGUUGUUGUUGGCCUGCAAUGCCAACGAUUGGAGCUGCUCGUCGGCCAACGAGGAGAAGCAGCAGCAGCAGCAGCAGCUGGGGAAUGCCACAUUGCCGACCAAUCUGCCGCAAUUCGAGGACUUUUACAAUCGCAACGAGCAUGGCGAACGCAUCUGUGGCGCCGACAUGUGUCCGCUGCAGCAGUCUCAGCUCAGCUGGACGUCACAGCUGGACAGCAACAGCAGCACGACAACGUCGUCGUCUUCGAUUUAUGCCGGCUUCAUUGAGAGCGGCAGUCGAGCUGGCGGCCAAUCGCUGCUCUGGCUCUAUGUGCUGCUCUCGCUGAUUGCGCUGCUCCUCUCUCUGAUUCAGGGUCGACAGGGACUAGCCACUAGCGGUAGACAGGAGCGCGCCGCCAAGGAUGUCACUGAUACGUUGCUCUUUGCCGGACCCUUGGCCUAUUUUGUGGGCACCGAACAGAGCUACAUGCUGGGCGAUUUCUUGCGCGCCUUUGUCUCCUGCUCCUUGGGCAUUGGCAUGAUCGCCGGUGCUCUCAUCGGCAUGGGAUUGAUGCAGCUCAUUGUCUCCUGCACGCUGAGCAUGCUGCUGCGACACACCAAGCGCAUUGUCGUCAUCUUGGCUGGCUUCUUCUUUCACUCGUGUCUGCUGCUGGCGCUGUCCAGCUGGAAGCCGUCGAGCGACGACAGCGCACUCUUCUAUGUGAUAGCCGCAUCGUGGGGCGCCUGCAACGGGAUGUGGGAGACGCUCUUGCUCUCGCUCGUCACCCUCAAUCACGUGCAGCACGAGCAUGUGACGGAGGUGACGGCGCCGCUGCAAGCGCUGCGAUUCCUUGGAUUGGGCGUCACAUUUGCGGCCCACGGAUUUCUCUGCGAAUCGAUGAAGAUCAUAGCAUUGGUGGUGCUGCUGGUGAUCAGUGUGCCGCCGUAUGCGAUGCUCGAGAUGCGCUUGGAGGCGCAGCGCAAGGCGACGUUGAUCAGCUUAUGACGCAGCUACUUCAGCUAGUCCCGGCGGCGGGGCACUGUGGCCCGCACCCAUACCAUGUGAAAUGGAAUUCGAAUUCGAAAAGCACGCACAGUAUUCCAGGGAGCGAGAGAAAAAGAGAGAGAGAGAGCGAAGGCGAAAUUACAGUCAGUAUUGUUUUUUUUUUUGUUGUUGUCAAGGAUUUGCAGCAGUUAGUCCAUGCUUAGAGAUAGAUCCAAGUCCAUAGCUGUCUACCAUACUGUAUGUAUGUACUUUGUAACUGUAAUUCUUAAUGUAACUGUUAUUCUAUGUAUGUAAUGCUAAUCAGCAAAAGAACAAGUUAACUGCAUCUUCAGAUGUAUCUAGAGAAGCAUUGUCUACAAAUUUGAUGUUGGGAGUUCACUGAGAUCAAACAGAUCACUCAGAGAUUGAAAGAUUGAAAGGUAUAACAACAACAACAAGAGAGAAGAAGUAGAAGAAGAGCAAAGAAACAUAUUCAUAAUACCAGUGCCAUUAAUGUUGUUCCAGAAUCCUUUUGCCUACGUUUGCAAAUCGAAAUUUUGACAAGAGAAAACUCCAAGACGAGAGAGGGAGAGGUAGAG